AUGGGGAGCAAAAAGAUUUUGGUCUGUGUUGUCGUUGCAAUGCUCGGGAUAGGAACUAUGAUUGCGGGUUUUGUUGCCGAAGCCACAAAGGUUAAGGGCUCUCAACCAGUAUACAUUGGCUCAGUACCUGAAUGUAAGUACCCAAGUGAUCAAGCCAUGGGCCUAACAAUAGCCGCAAUAGUGGCACUCCUAUUGGCUCGUGGCAUUAUCACAUCAGCUACCGGUGGUUGUUGUUCAGCAUUUUUCGAAGCUUUCCCUAGCUUAUUUGCUCGAUUCUUCAGUCUUAUAUCAUGGUUUACGUGUUUUGUAGCUAUCAUCCUAUUUCUUAUGGGUUUGAAAUACUAUACCGGAACUGGUGUGGAGAGGCUGGUUAAUGGUGAGUACCGUUGUUACGCCGUAUGGAGUGGGGUUUUCACAGGAGCCGGUAUUGUGGGUUUUGUCAGUGUGCUUUUCGGUCUAGCUUAUUACCUAACUUAUGUCUCGGCUCAAAAUGGCACACCCAAGACAUCAAGGCAGGUUGAUCUAGAACAACUCGAGGCACCACCAAUCACCGAUGUUUUCAACCGCUUUAUAUUUCCUUUCUUAUGGAUUACGAGCCGCAAUAGGACAAACCAUAUAUGUUUGCAAGAGUGGAGCAAAAAUUAA